CCCCGCAGCACAGGGGCGCGCGCGCGCGCGUGUGCGGGAGGGGGCGGGUGGGGAAGGAUCGCCGGCGAGAUCCUGAGGCGAGGCUCGCGCGCCCGCCCCCGCCCUGGCCCCCAGCUCCCACCCGGUCGGCCCGGCUCAGCCAUGAUCAAGGCGAUCCUCAUCUUUAACAACCACGGGAAACCGCGGCUCUCCAAGUUCUACCAGCCCUACAGUGAAGAUACACAACAGCAAAUCAUCAGGGAGACAUUCCAUUUGGUAUCUAAGAGAGAUGAAAAUGUUUGUAAUUUCCUAGAAGGAGGAUUAUUAAUUGGAGGAUCUGACAACAAACUGAUUUAUAGACAUUAUGCAACAUUAUAUUUUGUCUUCUGUGUGGAUUCUUCUGAAAGUGAACUUGGCAUUUUAGAUCUAAUUCAGGUAUUUGUGGAAACAUUAGACAAGUGUUUUGAAAAUGUCUGUGAACUGGAUCUGAUUUUCCAUGUAGACAAGGCACUCUGCUUAGUGAAGAAGAUUCAGACCCUAAGGAAUUCACAUCUGGAGGAGGAAACUGGCAUGAACAAGUAUGUUGAGAGUGUUAAUGGAACACAGCUACACCAGUUACCUCUGCCUAUGAGAGUGCAACUGGAGGAAAUUACAUUUAAACUGGGUUUUUUUAAGCAUUAGUAGGUGUUCCAUAGAAAAGGAGAGGAUGGCUCUACAGGCAGAGAUGUAAAGUACAGGGUUUUUGUGACAAGGGGAUUUGGUAUUGAUCAUGAAGCCUAAUUUUAAAGUGCCUUUAUUUUAGUGCCAUGGAUUUUGGAAUUCAUUCUGAGGCAAUUUAACUUUUCAAAACAAGUUUUUACUGACAUUAUUGUUGCUUUGGUUGUUCAUUCUUGACGGAUUAGGCUAAUUUUUUUCUGCAUUAAGGAGGUUCUGUUGGUAGGUGGGAGGUUAAAGACAAGGAAAUCAGUUAGAAAUCUGUUGCAGUAGUCCAGAAAAAAAUGAACUAAGGCAGUAGAGUAGUGAUGAAAGAAAGUGGAAUUGACAGAACUUGAUGUAUCGAAAGAAGGUAAGAGAAAGGAAGAAUGACUGAAUUCUCUAGCCAGUAUUACUGGAUAUUGGUGGUAGGGAAUUUUACAAGGAAGAGAUUCUACUUUUACUAUAUAUAGAUUUUUUUUUUCUCUUUUAAGUUUAUAUAAUGUAACAGAUUGUUUUGAGUGAUUCAGGCUUUGAAUAAAAUAGUCUGAAAUUUUAACAAAAAAUUGUGAUUUUUAAAAAUCAGCUUUGUUGAGGUGUAAUUUACACACAUUAAAAUUCAGUAGCUUUAAGCAUACAUUUAACUAAGUUUUGACAAAUACAUUUAGUUAUGCAACCACUACUACAAUCAAGAUACAGCACAAGGAAUGCAUUUUAUUAUUUGUGAACAUCAAAAGAAUACAUUUAUCAUUAGCCAGUCCUUUAGGAUCAUUUUUCUCUUUUACUAAGUGAUUUAAUUUCAUAUUAUUGGCUCAUUUUGGAUAGAGAACUUAAACUUGAUAUUUUUAAGACUUAUUUUAGUUUUCUACUGCUUUUCUCUAUUAAUCUGUCUUACACUAUUCACACUUACAAAGACUUGUUAUUUUUAAGCAUUAAAAUUCACAAUAUUCAAAAGUAUGUUUUGGUACAUGGUUAAAACUCUAUUUUUAAAAUGAUUGCUCAAAAAUCAUUAGCUUAAAUGAUACAUCUGGCAAUUUUUUGAGAAAAUUGAAGAUUCUUUUUGCAAAAUGUUGCAAUAAGAAUAAAGUUAUCACGUUUGUUCUAGAGAAUAAGUUUUCCUUAAUAGGAAAUGUUUGACACACAGUGUUUUUAAAACUUCAUUUUACAUUAAUAAUGCAUUUAUUUUAGAAAAAUCCAAAAAUACAAAUAAGAGGAAAAUAAAUAGAAGCCAUUUCAAUUUCAAAGAUUGCCUAGUAUUAAAACAUAAACUGAGGCACAUUAAAAUUUUUAAGCAAAACUUGAUUCAGAUUGGGUGGCACCAAACUGUAAGUGGUUAGGAGCACUCCACCUGCAGGAGCUAUGGGAAAGUCUUUUAUAGAGAAGAGGCAGAAGCAAAGCGAGGAAAUUAUCUGAUUGGCUAUUGCCUAAGCAGUUGCAUUAUUUGGAAAAGCCAAGUUGGCCAUUUGUAAUUGGUUGUUCUUAGGUUUUGAUUUCUUAACCUUGAGGCAUUACAGACUUAGGUUCUGGUUUGCUUACGGAGGCUGCUAAUGUAUUAGAACAACCUCAGUCUAAUAGCUGCCUUGUGUAAUUACCACUAGUUAACAUUUUAGAGUACAUUUCUGAUUUUUUUUGAACAAAUGAGUACAGAAACAAAUAUGUCUUUAAUUAAAAAAAAAUUGGAUCUUAUCUGUAGUGUAUAUAGCCUGUUCAUUUCACAUAGCAGUGUAUCUUCUUUUUAGAACCUGCCAAAAUUAGCUGUGCCUCUUUUUUCUGGCCUAAGCUCUUAUUAAAAAAAUUUUUUUCAAUGCAAUGAGAAAAAAGCUUCAGUAUAAGAAUUAGAGACCAGUCAAAUAGAUAUUUCCUUUCCUACAUUCUCUGUCUAAAACAAUGCUAGUCUUGUUUUCACCCUUUCUUUGAAAGUAGGCUUGUUUUCAAGUUUCAAGCAGCCCUGGACUUCCCAGCCAUUAGGGAUCUUCUAACUAGCUCAGCUCAUUUUCCCUAGGGGCAAAUGCAGAGAGUCCGCUGUGUGCUUUUAGAUGACAGUUGGGUAGAGGAAAGGAGGAAGUUGUAAAGAAUACCCCUUUUCUUAUCAGUCGGGAUGGGCUAGUUUAUGCUGCAGUAACAAAUAUCAGAGUAUUUCUAAUUCAUGCAGUAUUUUAUCACGUCCCACAUGCUCUCACUCUGGGAUCCAUGGUGACAAAGCUGCCAGUAUUUGGAAAAUCAUCCGUUUUUACAUCACAGAGAAAAGAGUUUUCAUGGGUUAAUUUAUAUGCUUUUCAAAGUAUCACACAUGAUAGUUUUGCCAACUAUUUUACCACUACAAACAUGGGCCACUAACUUCCUAGCCUCUAAUGCAAUUGUUUCCGUGUGGCCUACUGCCCACCUCCUAAGUCAGUGUCUUUUCCUUUAUUGUGAUUGUGAAUCAGUUUCUCAUUACAAACCUUUAAGUACUAAUUUCUGUGUCAGUCAUAUAGGCUGAUCUUUGUAGUCACCCUGAAGUAGUGGGACAGCACCCCCUACUCAAAUUGGUUUGGACAUCGAGACUGGAGAUACUACACGUACACCAACAGUAUAUGAUCUAAAAAGGUUUAUCACUCACUUAAUAAACUUUUUGGGGAAGAAAAAGGAACAGCGUCUAUCUUGGGGUUUUACAUGAUUAGGGGGUAGGGCUUGGACGAGGGUUUCUGUGUGCAGGACAGGUUUUGCGUAGUUUCAAUUUCCUGCCAGUGCAGAGUAAGGAGCACCUGGACUUUCUUAUCAGCUUGCUCAGAUGUGGGCAGAAGAGGAAGGGGAGCAGUGGGGCUUGAAAGCUGUCCACUGUCAGACAUCAAAAAUGGAGUCAGACUCUUUUUUUACAGCUAAGUUAUGCUGUGGUAAUAACACCUAAAAUAUGAGUAACCUAGUUUAUUACUUAUACUACAUGGCCAUUGUGGUUUUGCUGAGAAGGUCUCCUUAUUUGCUCAUCUGUGCUACCUGUCCAUUUCCUGAACACAGUGGCUUUAAUUGGGCAGCCCCAGGUUGUUGACACUAUUGCAGCAUAGCCUCAAAUCCCAGGGCAAAGAUGAGAGAGCUGAAGAUUUAUGAAGAGCUUGGUUUGGAGGAUAUAUGACAUUGACAGCUAUGAAUGUGCUCUGUCCACCCCUUCCUACAUACCCCCUACCCCAUCCCUCGGAUGAUCCGGGUAAGGGAGAUCUGAUUGGAGGCCUCAGUGUCUUUCCUACCCUUUAGACUAGGAGAAUGAAGAAUUAAGAGCAGAGUGAUUUCCUCUAGCCCAGUCCCUCUUGAGGACUUUGACAGCCUAUCCUUAAACCAUAGGACAUAAAGUGAAAGACUCCUUUUCAUUUCACCAACUGAAGAAGUCUAACCAUUAAGAAGAGUAUCUCAGCAACCAGACCUAAGUAUUAGUGAGCCAGCAGAAAGAAUGCUAUCUCAGCAAGAGAGAUGAGGAACACCAGAAUAUGCUCUGUGAGGGGGAAAUACAACUACUGGAGGAGAUAGAUGAACAUUUGAAAUUUAAAAAUGAUAAAAAGUACUUAAUGAGAUGCAGUUUGAAAAGGUCUUCCUGGGGCUUAAAAAUGUGUUUUCAAACCGUAGAGUUUAAAAGGAGAUGAUAUCACAGUUGAGGCUUGAAUUACAGAUAUAAAAGAGAAAUGCAGGAAAUAAUCUCAAGGCACAUAACUGAAAGCUAAGACAUAGAAGACGUGAAGAAAAAGAUAAGAGAAUUUGAAGUAUUUAACAUGUAUUAUAAAAGUAUUUUGUGACUCUUAUCCAACUGGAGGAAAUGAAAGUAGGGAAUAAUCAGAGCAUUUUAGUAGGAAAACAAGGCAUCUCAGUGGUAGGAAGACUUAAUAUUUUAUAAAUAAUAAUAAAACCAUAUUUGUUUGAUUAAAAGCAAGGAGAGUUUUCAUUAAUAAAAAUUAUAAAUAGUAGAAUCUCUGAUUUAAAGGAGGGAGAAAUAAUAUAAAUAAAAUUUGAUCAAACCAACCAACUUUAGGGGGGAAAAGGAAAUAAUUUAAAAAUAGAUGUAUUAUUCAGUACACUAAGUGUGAAUUGAGUGAAACAGUCCAUUAAAAAGACAGAGAUGAUGGGUUUAAAAAGGUACAUCUUAUAUAUGAAGGAAGAUAAAUUCUAGAGUAUUUCCCUUUAUUAACCACUUUUCAUAAACCUAUUACCUACCAAAAGCGAUCAUUGAAUUUCUUUUUAGUAUCCUUGUGACAUAUGAAUUUUAACAUAAUUGAUUUGUUUUAAUCCACUACAGAUGUUCUUUUUGAUGUUCAAAUUGCCCCAUCUUUGGCCAGUGGGAACCCCUUCAGGUUGUCUUCUGAGUUCUUUUGACAUGACCCUUCCCCCACCUCCCUCCAUGGACUUGGAUAGCUGCUUUGUGUUUUGGUACAACUAGAUGUUCCAGAUUUAUUUUGUUUAUUUCCUGCUCAAAACAUGUUAUCAGUCAUUCCUUCUAGGAACCCUGAUUCCUUUUAGUGGGACAUGGUACAGAGAAACCAAGGUCUGGAGGUGCUCAUAAUUAUGAGGCUGAUCACUGUUUCUUGGCCUUUUGUAUGAACAAAACGUCUUAUAUAUAUUUUUCCCCAGCCUUCACAUCUGUCCUCUCCCCAAGUUUCCUUUAAGUGGAUGAUGAUAUAUAGAAAUGACAGUCUCAGCACCAAGUGUGCUUAUUGGUAUCGGGGUGAUAUUACUCCUGGUUCUCAGUGAAUCAAGCUGGGAAAUAGAUGUACGUACACACACACACACACAGUCUGAGCACACACACACAGAUUUGUGCGUAUUUCUAUAUCUUCAUAUAUAUUAAAAAUCUUUGAGUUCUAAUACCUCAGUCUGGUGCAACACUGUAGAGUUACUCUAGCCUUCUCCUUUUCCAUAUCUGCAGUUUGCUUCUUUGACAGUGAGAGAUUAUUCUGAUUAUUGUCAUUCCUAUUAUUCCUGUUAAUAUUGAUGCAUUUACUUAGUUUGCUUAAUCUUUCCUUUCUAUAACCAAACUCCUGGCUGAGUCAUUCAAACGCUGAGCCCCAGACAUGCUCAGCUUUACCCUCCCCUGCCAGAACCAGUCAAAAUCUUGGCCCCCUUUCUGCUGAGCAAGUUGUUAGAAAGUCAAUCCUAAUUUUUAAAAUUGCAAUAAAUAAUUUUUUUUAACUUAGGUGAUUUGAAAAAGAAGUUGGUGGAAUUUCUAGAAGAGGAAAAAAAAUCAAAUUUCAAUGGAUAGGUUUAAACAUAGAUUGGACCUAUCUGAGUAAAUGGAAAGAUAGAACACGUUGUCCAUAAUGCAAUGUAAAAAGACAAGAAAGAUUGAGAGUUUGAAAGAUAGCUUACAGGUAAGGAAAGAUAGAAUGAGAAACUUCUAAUGAAGAAGAAGAAAGAAAGAAUGAGGCAUAAUCUGAGUAUCUAAUGGAUACUCUAAUGGAUAUCUAAUAGGAUUUUCUAGAACGAUAGAAUUUUCUGGACGAUGCCAGUCCGCAGAUAAAAGAAUCACAAGCAGAACAAGUAAGUCCACAUAUAGACUAAUGAUAGUAAAAUUGAAUAGCAGAGAAAGAGCUCCUAAAAUCAUCCAGAAAUAAUAGACAUAUUACCUUUACAAGAGCAGUGGUUAGACUGGAAACUGAUUUCUCAACAGCAACCACAGAAGUUAGAAGAUAAUAUGUUGAAAGAAAAUAACUGCUAAACUGUAAUUCUAAAAUUAGCAAAAAUAUCUUUCAAGAAUAUGAAUGAAAUAAAAACAUUGUUAGAGAAACAAGUAAUGAGAAAAUUUGCAACCAGCAAGCCUUUGGACUAAAGGAAAUUCUCAAGAGGGUACUUUUCACAGAAAGAAAUCUAUGAUAUAAAAAGGAGUGAGUUGAAGAAGGAAGAAGAGCAAAGAAAGAAGUAAAUUUAUGAGUAAGGAUAAAAGAUCAUUGACUGUUAAAGUACUUAAGUGUUUAAAAUGAAAAAAAAUUUGUAGACUUAAAAUACAAGUCAACAAUAAUAUAUAAGCCAGUAGUAUUGUCAGGUCUUAUAGUGAGCCUCUGUGACUCUAUAAUAAGCAAGCUUUAAAAAGGAUUUCUGUACUGGAGAACUUCAUUCUAAGUGAAGUAAGCCAGAAAGAGAAAGAAAAAUACCAUAUGAGAUCGCUCAUAUGCGGAAUCUAAAAAAAAAAA